GUUAGCUAUCGACGAGUGUCCUUAACCCUAUUACUUCGUGUCACUUAUCCAUGUCUCCACCAUUAUAUAUAUAAGAAGAACCAGAUAUCGCAACAAAAGUUAAAUUUACCUUUGUUCAGAUUAUACACUCAAAUUUUGCAUCAAUGGCAUUCAGGUCUUCGAGUUUGUGGAAAUCUAUGGCUACUCGAUCUAGUGCGAAUUCUGCUUUUGCAAAAUCAAAUGUUACCAGGUCAUUUUCUAGUACUGCUGAGCAUCCAGAUGCUAAGCACAGGGGAUUCAUGAAAGGAGAUUUUGUUCCAGUGUAUGUGGCGCUGGGACUAAUAGCGAUGUCAGUGGGUUUUGGGUUACAGACUGCGAUGCAUCAGCUUAAGCGGGCACCCAAUGUAUCUGUGAAGAAAUCAAGGAGGGAAACUAUACCCGAAGUCACCGAACCGGAAGAGGUUGUGGAUGAGGCAGAUAAGUUUAUAAAGAAAUCCUUCUUCCGAAAGGUGGCUCAUGUUCAGGAUUUCGAUAAUCAAUCAGUCAUGCAUGAUCCUAUCCGUGGGGAUGCUCUUGCAAGGGAACCUCACGCUGUAACAUUGAAAUCUGUGGGAGUGGAUCAGUAAUUGAAACACUUGACGCAUUUUGGAUCCAAGAUUUGCAAUUGGAGUAGUACUUUGAAGGCGUUGUAGCGACGUUCUCAUAAUUUUUCAAGAGAUGUAUAUAUCUAUCGUCGCAGCAUUAAAUAAAUUACAAAACGCCGAUAGGCAUGUAUGUAAACAUAUAUUUUCCAGCUAAUUAUGUUACAGAGUUGGAACAAGCAGUGGUUGUAUGUUUUAUGAGAUCUUUUGUUAGCUUUGAAAUGCUGGCAAGUUUUGGAUUGAAUUUGCAAGUACUAAAAGAAAAAUAGAUCUUUCACUA